ACUGGAGUAAUAUUUUAACAAAUCUUCCUGCAUUCAUGUAUAUUUAAAAUAAUCCUCGAGUAGACAGGCUAGGAACACUAGAGAGGGAUGAUGACGUGAGAAGAUCUCGCUAUAGGGGAAGUGUUCCCAACCUGGAGUGAUAAUGUCUAAUGACAUUGUAGCCACUUGGCAGGUGGCCUUACCUGACGGUGUUCAUAACAUUGAGUUUGAACAUGGGACAACAUCUGGCAAAAGAAUCAUAAGAGUUGAUGGCAAAGAAAUCUUCCGGGUAGACUGGAUGUUUAAGUUGGUUGGCAAAGAACAUUUUCAGAUAGGACACAGCAAGGCCAAAUGUACAAUCACAAUAGAUGCAGUCAGCGGCUUUGCAUAUGAGUACACUUUGGAAGUCAAUGGGAAAAGUUUGAACAAGUUUCGGGAAAAUCAGAGUAAAGUCCAGAAAGCAUGGGUGCUCACCAUCGCAGGGAAUCCCAUCCGAGUGUGUCUGGAAAAAGAUACUUUGGAUGUUUGGGUCAAUGGAGACAAAAAGGAUACCUUUGGGGAGUUUGGUGAGGAAGGAACGGAGACUCAUUUUGAAAUUGGCGCUCACUCUGCUCACAUAACGGCCAUCAGUAGCGGAAGGAGAAGAGACGGAAUCCUACAUAAACUUUUCGUGGAUGACACAGAAAUCCCAGAAUGCAAUGAAUGACCUCUCCCUCUGGAUGUGAUAUAGCUGUGUAUUUAUACUUUCAUUCCACACUCUUUUCGUCUCUUGAAGCAGAUCUUGUUUUGAGUAUACUUUGCCUUAUGAUUUAAUUACAAAAUGUUUGUCCGUCCAUCUGUAGCUGUAUUAGUUUGUGUUAUUAUAAUUUCAAUACAGUCUACAAGUAAAUAAAAUUUGUGUCUCAAUAAUUUUUUUGUGUGUAAAUGAAAUGUGUUUUAACUUCUUUAAAGUAUAUUACAUGUUCUGUUUUGAAUUUAAAAAAAAAUGGAAUUACAUGUACAUUUUAAAGCAAUUUUUUUCUUAAUUAUUGAAUUAUUGAAUGGAUAUAUUAUAUAUAUUUAAUUUUUUAAUUGAUUUGGUUGAUGUGUGAAGAAAUUACUCUGAUAGUAAACAGGAAGAUAUGAAAAUGUAAUUUUUCAUGCUUUAUUGUUUUUUACUUUGAUAUUUGCUCAGUCAGUCAGAAGGUGUCAUAAUAUGAUAAAUACACUGCAAUUUUUAGCAAUGUCUGAAAACUCACAAAAUGUACUGCCUCAAAAUCAUGUAAACCAUUACAAAUGGCAAAGUGUUUCUGCCAUGGAAGACAAUGUUGGCUUUUUUAUCAAGUCACAAUAUUUGACUCUAGAUUCUAGCUGUUGCCAUUUUCAAUCAUCUUUCUUGAAAAAAGGAGAUGGGGGAAAAAAAACCCAAAACACAGUAAUCAGUAGAUUUCUGAUUUAUUUGAGGGGGGAAAAAAAAUGAAAAUGAACAUGUUUCGAUGAUACAGAUGAUGCAAUACAGUAGAUUUUCCCUGUACACUACAAUUUCCUCAAAUCAUAUGCAGUUGUACAUGUAUUGGGUUGUUUUUGCUCGUUGGAAAUGUUGGCAUUUUGGUGGAUGGAAAUUUGCUAAAAAAUGAUAGUGCCAAAAUUUCCAUUCAUAUAAAUGAUACACUUUCAAAAUGAAAUCGUGGCAAGUAAUAGAGCACCAAAAUGUCAAUGUACUUUUUCGGCAAAAAAUCUCCCAAAUUUUCCCGACGUCAAAAUUAUCUAAUAUAUGGUAUAUUGUGACAAACCCAGUGUUGAUGUUUUUUUACCCUAUGUACCUACGUUGUGAAACUUACGUAAGCCAAAUGAAGCACUCUGACAGGAAUACUUAAUACCUCAUAAUUCUGCUUGUUUGAGUUUUUAAUAUGGCUCUGUUAUCAUGCUUUGGUGUUUAUUCUGUAUUGACAUAAUCAGAUUCACUUUGAACAGUAUUGCUAAUUCCAAUAUCCCUAUUCCCUAGAUAUCACCAACAAAAAUUGGGAAAUGCAGAUUUCAAUAUCCCUAUUCCCUAGAUAUCACCAACAAAAAUUGGGAAAUGCAGAUUUCAAUAUCCCUCAUUUGCAAAUUUUGAAUUUCAGAUAAAUUCAAGUAAACGGGGAGGGGGAAAACACAAAUGAGAAUUGAGAACUACCAUCGUACAAUGAUAUAGUACUGGGAUAUUUUAAGAUUUUGAAAAAAGGAAUUUCAUUUAUAGUGUGUACUUUCAAAAAGUUGAAGAAGAAAAAGGUGUAUGUUUGAAAAAUUUGUGUAAAAAGCAAUGAGAUUUGCAAAAGAAACCCUGGGAUGAAUAGCUAGUGUUAAUGGUUGCAGAAAUGCCAUCUAUUUAUUAAAAAGAUAUCCCACUUUGAAUGCUAUAAAUUUCUCAGGAGAAAGCUGUACAACAGUAGUAUCAUUAGUGUAGUAGAUCUAGAUGUAUAAAUAAUCCUGUAUUCAACACUUUGUAAAUCAAUAAUCAUUCCCUUCAUCUUCUUUAGCAGUAUGUGCCAUAUUGUAUGAAGGUCCUUCUUUAUUAUAAAUUACGAGAGUGUAUUUGCAAUACUAUGUUUAAGAAGAUUGCUUUAUUACUUCAAGUUCCCUCUUGGAAUGCUUAUCUCGUAACAUAUAAAUUAUGACAGGAAAUGAACUUACACUUUCAAAUGUUUUCUAUAUCCGUAUUCUUUGAACUUAGAAAUUUAUUCUGUCUCUUUUAUAAAAAUUAUUGUGUAAUUAAAUAUUGUUAGAGAGAUUACAUUCAAAAUCAGGCACUGCCAAUAGCAAAGAUAACACAUGAAAUGUCAGUUUUCUUGCUCUGGAGAUUUGUACGAUUACAAUGUAUUUCAGCAGUGGUAAUGAUGUGUUCCUGUCAUAAAUGUAUUGGUUGUAAUUUUGUAAACAUUCCAACAAAUUUUAGAACAAUAACAAGAGUUAUCUGCACUUUAAAACGAUCAUUAAAAUCAUCAAAUUGGUCCUGUUUAACAAUCAGUUAUAUAUCAUUUAUAUGUAGAUAAUUCCAAGUAUUGCUGAUCUUGAAAAUUUCUUCCCCAUUAUUUAUUGGGCAGUCUCACAAGAACAAAUGGAAAUGCUGAAAGUAAGAGUUCUCCCCCUUGCACAGUCCCUGACUCUUGUUUUUACUGUGAAAUCGCGUAACAGAUAAGGAAACUGAGCAGAAACUUGAAUAUACAACUGUUUAGAUGUAGUUGAUUGUUUUGAGUGUAUUUUUUCUAAAUAAAAUGAAUUCUUCAAUUCC